AUGCUGAGCUCCUUCCUGAGCCCCCAGAAUGGCACCUGGACAGAGUCCAUCUUUCUGCUCUUGGUUCUGGGCGUUGUCCUCUACUUGGGUUACUACUGGGCGUUUGUGCCCCAGAAACCUCGACUGGUAACAGGGUCCCGGUUUCUGGCCUUUCUGAAGCAACACUGUCCAAUCACCAUGGAGACUUUCUACCCUACGCUGUGGUGUAUUGAGGGGCGACUACAAACCAUAUUUCGAGUCCUACUGCAAUCUCAGCCUGAAGUCCCUUACUGGAGUGAAGCCAUCCAAACCCCAGAUGGAGGACAGCUCCUGCUGGACUGGGCCGGCCUACACGACAGCUCUCUCUUCCCUGACCCAGCCACGCGGCCCAUUGUAUUACUGCUGCCUGGAAUCACGGGCAGUAGCCAGGAAAAAUACAUGCUGCAUCUAGUGAGCCAAGCUGUAAGGGACGGCUACAGGGCGGUUGUAUUUAAUAACCGAGGCUGCCGCGGGGAAGAACUGCUGACCCACAGGGCUUUUUGUGCCAGCAAUACGGAAGAUCUGGAGACAGUUGUGAACCACAUAAAGCACCGCUACUCCCAAGCUCCACUGAUGGCCGUGGGCAUCUCUUUGGGAGGGAUACUCGUGCUGAACCACCUGGCACGAAAACGGCAGGCUGCAGGGCUGGUGGCGGCCCUGACGCUAUCUGCGUGCUGGGACUCCUCUGAAACCACCCGCUCCCUGGAGACCCCACUCAACUCACUACUCUUUAACCAGCGCCUCACUGCUGCACUCUGCCGUGUCGUGGACCGAAACAGAAAAGUGAUAGAAAAGGUGGUCAAUGUGGACUCAGUGCUUCAGGCCCGCACCAUCCGCGAGUUUGAUGAGCGCUACACCGCUGUGGUCUUUGGCUAUGAAGACUGCGUUACCUACUACCAAGCAGCCAGCCCAAGAACCAAGGUAGACGCCAUCCAGGUCCCUGUGCUCUGCCUCAAUGCAGCAGAUGACCCCUUCUCCCCCGUCCACGCCCUCCCCCUGCAGGCUGCCCAGCACUCUCCAUGGGUGGCGCUGCUCGUCACAGCCCAGGGCGGCCACAUCGGCUUCCUGGAGGGGCUGCUCCCCUGGCAGCACUGCUACAUGAACCGCCUCUUCCACCAGUUCGCCAAAGCCAUCUUCCAGCACCCCGCGGAGCUGCUCAGCCUCGGGGCCGCCACCCCUGCUGAAGGCGGCAAGUGCUGACAUGAGUGCAUUC